GGAUGGGCUUUUUUCAGAAAACCUUAACCUUCACAUGGGUACGGAUUUAAGUGAUGGCUGCAACAGAGGUACAUUUGGAUGCUCUACCGUACAUUGAUCACGGCUAUGAUGAGCCUGGAGUGAGAGAGGAGGCUAUGAAGUUGGUGGAGGAAGAGACAAAGAGAUACAGACCAAAUAAAAGCUACCUUGACUACUUGCAACAACCAAAAGUGUCGUUCGAGACCCCCAUGCUGCGGACAGAGUUUGAGAGACUCUCGAUGAGGCAGCCCAUGGAGAUGCUCAGUAUGAAACGGUACGAGCUUCCCCAACCUGGAGUGGCCCAGAAAAACGACAUUGGUGCCUGGCAGGAGAGUGUCGACAACUCCAUGGCUCAGCUGGAGCACCAGGCAGGGAGAAUCAUUAAUCUGGAGCUGUUGUCUCAAUAUAGUAGCAACGAGUGGAAAGAGCAAAAUGGGUUUAUCACAAGAAUGAUUGAACAAGAACAGAAGACACUCAAAAAACUCAGAAAUCAAGUACAAGAAGUCAACUGGGAGAGAAAAACAAAACAAAUGACAGCUGGUGGGCACCUACAUGCACUUGAAAACCAUUGGCAAAGUCUGGUGCAAAAGAACUACGAGAUUGAGAGGGUGUGUCUCAAUCUAGAGCAGGAGGUGGGGUCGCUCAGGCAACAAGCCAUCGACAGAGGCUUGAGAGUAAGUGAAGACUUGUUUGAACAUUCCUUGUAGCUCUGAUCAAACUCUGCGUAGUUUAUCUCUUCUUUGUACAAUGAAAAUGAAACUUGAUUGUGCAUGCGUCAAAAAUGUUCAUAAAAAAAAUGUGCAUAAAAAUUAAUGCAUGAU